AUGUGGCUGAUUCUUAUACUUGUUGGUCUAUGCGUCUAUUUUAUCUAUGAUUUAAUUCAAUUUUGGAUAAUUAAGCCAUGGCAUGUACACAGAGCUUUAUCAUUGCAAGGUGUUCGUGGAAGACAUACACCGAUUGUAGGUGAUAUUCUUCGUAUUCGACAAGCCAUUCGUGCAGAAAAACCAUUAUCGUAUUCAAUUGACGCUAGCAAAGAAUUUGGCGACUAUUAUCGUAUGUCACUAGGUCCGAUUCCAGGUUUCAAUAUCAGUGAUCCAUCAUUGAUUGUUGGAGUAUUAAAAACUAAUGCUCAUUGUUACCGAAAGUCAAUUUUUAUGCAAUCAAUUAUUGGGACAUUGAUCGGUACUGAUAACCUUCUAAUAAGUGAGAAUGUUGUACAUGCUCAGUGUCGCCGAUUGCUAAGUCCUGUAUUUCAACAUCAAAAUCUCAAUUCAAUGAUUCCAAUGAUGAUCGAAAUAACAUCAAAUGUUCUCAAUAAAUGGGCACAAUGUAUCAAUAAAAAUGAAAACAGGAUGACCACCAUUGAUGUUCGUGAAGAGAUGUCACUUUUAACAUUGAGUAUGAUAUCUGGUUGUGUAUUUGGAAAAAAUAUUUCAAAAGAUAAAGAUAUACAUGAAAAAAUGUAUCGAAAUGUCACAGUCAUACUGAAUGAAAUCGAAAAACGCCUUUUUGAUAUGACUGCUAUUCUUCCAUUAAUUAAUCGUUUACCAUUUCCAAGCAAAUUGCGUAUUGACAAAUCGAUGCAAGAUCUUCGUACAAUUGUUGAAUCUAUCAUCGAUGAACGAAAGAAGGGCUUGACGAGAUCGACUGCAAAAGGACCUGAUUUACUCGAUCAAUUAUUGACAAGACAUGAUCAUGAUCAAACAAAUCAGGCCGCUGUUGAAAAAAUUUACGAAGAAGCAUUAACAUUCAUCAUUGCCGGUCAUGAGACUACAUCGAACUUAAUGGCAUGGACUUUGUACAAUUUAGCAUGUCAUCCUGAAGUUUAUCGCCAUUGUCAAAAUGAAAUUGAUUCAGUUUUAAAUAAUGAAGAUGCAAUAGAUUCGUCAACAAUUUCACUUCUCCAUUAUACGGAAGCAGUACUAAAAGAAUCAUUACGUCUUUAUCCAUCAAUACCUCUCUUACCUCGUACUGCAAUUAAAGACAAUACACUUGUAACAAAUGAUGGAAAACAUAUUCGAAUUAGCAAAGGCACUGAAGUUAUUGUUAAUUUGUAUAUGCUUCAUCAUUCAGAAAACUAUUGGCUAGAUCCAGAAAAAUUUGAUCCAUCUCGAUUUGAUCAACAUCAAGCAGACAAUUUUUUACCAUUUUCAAUCGGCUUUCGUUCUUGUAUUGGACAACAUUUCGCUAUGUUAGAAGCUAAAAUCAUGUUAUCCAUGAUUUUACGACGAUUUCAUAUCGAACUUGUACCUGGGCAAAAGCAUGUUCCAGAUAUUGCCAUCACAUUAAGACCUAAAUAUGCAAUGUGGAUUCGAGUAUCCCUACGGUAA